CAAAGUUCCUCCUCUCGGUCCCGAAAGAAAACGGAUGAGAAACCUCUUUUUGUGUCAUUGUAUGUUGUUGUGCGGCUACUAAAGCAACCGAAAUGUCUCCCGAUUUCUGCGCCGAAUCAUCUCUGAAGAAGAGAAGCUCGCAUGAAAACACAGAAUAAAAUCACUAAAAGUAGUUCUCAUCAGGGAAAUUUCAUUUAGCGUUAGCUUUGACUAUUUUCUGGUGGCUGUAGCUGUGUUUUAUGCGAGUGAAGACACUGAAACAAUGGCGUUCUUCGUGAAAAAGAAGAAAUUCAAGUUCCAGACCCAACUGACGCUGGAGGAGCUGACCGCUGUGCCUUUUGUCAACGGAGUUUUGUUCUGCAAGAUGAGGCUGCUGGAUGGAGACUUUGUCGCUACUUCUUCCAGACAGGAGGUUCGAGAGAACUGUGUUCGCUGGAGGAAGAGGUUCACCUUUGUGUCCAAAAUGAGCGCAAACCCCCACACCGGAGUCCUGGAUCCCUCUGUCUGCAGGUUGUCAGUCAGGAAGGAACUCAAAGGAGGAAAAGCAUAUACGAAGCUGGGCUUCACAGACCUCAACAUGGCGGAGUUUGCGGGUUCUGGCUCCACUGUGCGCUGCUGUCUGCUGGAAGGAUACGACACCAAGAACACACGGCAGGACAACUCUAUACUGAAGGUGAUAAUUGGGAUGACCCUCCUGUCUGGAGAUCCGUGUUUUAAGACGCCUCCCUGCGCAGCCAAAUCCAUCUCCAUCCCGGGACAAGAGCACACCCUGCAGCUGGACUGUAAGGGGGAGGGAACGGCCGAGCCCGGGCCUGCUGGGGGGGUCUCUCUGGGCCGAGCUUCCAAGCCUCGACCCUCCAUCAUCAGCUCAGGUCUCCUUGAUGAAUCAGAAGCCAGCCACUCCGGCCCUGCAGAAGGUUUUCUCUCUGGUCACUCUCGUAACUCCAGCUAUGCCAGCCAGCACAGCAAAAUCUCAGGUUACAGCACUGAGCACUCCUGCUCCUCCAGCCUGUCGGACCUCACACACCGCAGGAACACCUCGACAGGAAGCAGCGCCUCUGGGUGCGUGGCCUCCCCUGCUGACACCCCUGCAGAGGGCGACAAGGACGCCGGACGUCCAGAGAGACCCCCUCGACCUCCGCGGCCCAUCUUACUCCCCAACAGGCCCUCCAGGAGGAAGCAGGACUCGGUGGAGAGUCACCCCUCUUGGGUAAACGACACCCGCAUGGACGCAGAUGAUAUUGUGGAGAAAAUUGUUCAAAGCCAAAACUUUGCAGAUGUCAACAACACUGAAGACAGCAACCUGCGACUGUUUGUCAGCAGAGACGGAACCACUGCGCUCAGCGGCAUCAGGCUCGGGAACAGGGUGUCUGCCGGCGGGUACGAGCCUGUGGUGAUAGAGAGCCAUUAGACCUGGAGCAGGAGCAGUGGAUCGUGUCGUCUUCUGUCUCACUGGUUUCCCCGGAGCUUCAGCCGGUCUGAUGCCGCGAGGGGGAGAAACCUCGUCAGUUUGCACUUUAUGUGAAGUUUGUCUGCACUCCGUUCAGCUGUUUCUCUGCACAAAUGUUUCUCUCGUACUGCCUUGUGGUGUGUUUACCUAACUAGAUUUUGGAUGGGAUUUAGAUCCAAAGAAGUCUGGAGAUUUAAAGAGAUAACACUUGAUGGUAAAUAUGUUUUACCUGUAAGAUGAUAACAGAUACAGACAGUAACAUCAUACA